AUGAAUGAAUCAAUAUUAAAUCAUUUAUUUCUUCCACAUUAUCUACCGUCUUCAGUUGACCAUGAUUAUUUCCUUCAAAACAAUCAUCAACAUGAACACAUGAUAUUAGAAUAUAUGAAAGCAUAUUUUAAUCAGCUUGAAUCAACAAAAGAGACGAGUGAAUUGUCAAUAUUUUCAGCCCUUGUUAAUUGCGUUAAACAUUGGUCUAGUUUACAAAAUCCUCAAACCUGUGCCGACGCGAAUUUGCAAUCCACUAUUAUGAAAUUAACUCCAGGAAGUUUUCUUCCACUCUAUUUCCAUGCUCAAAAUGCUGCAAUUCUAAUUGAAAUUGAAAAAAACAAUGCUCACCAACCUUUAGUUUCAUCUUGGCAAGUCUUAUUACCAAUUCAAGAAAUUACUUCUUCUCUUGUACCUCAUUUCUCUUGCUUUCCGGUAACAACAUACAGAUUAAAUGAUCGAUCUCAAUUGAGCUCUCUAGCCCACUGCGAAUUGUUGGUGGACUUUAUGCACAACACCAUUGAAUAUUCCAAAUCCUAUAAAGCCUCGCGCCAAGUUAAUGAAACUCGUAACUUACCAGAAUCAUAUUAUGUAUGUCAAUGGUGGAUUCAACAGUUUGAAGGGAUUAAAAUCAAAAGCAAAUCUAAUCGGUCCAUCCAAUUCAAGAAAAAGCAUCGUGAUCAGAUCAGAUGGAGUGAUGCAUUAUUACCUUUUCGACGAUCAGGUUUAUGGAUGACUAUCAAAGUAGUAUUUCACAUUAUUCUCACUAAACGUUUGGGAAGCAUUGGUAUUAUUAUUUAUAAAUUGUUGAUUACUCAUUUCCUCACAUAUUGCCUUUCCGAAACACGCUCUGAAAUAUCCACUGAUGUGUUGGUUCAUUGUAUUCGAAAAAUUGUACGAAGACUGAAUAAAAUUGAAAUUUUAUUAUCGUCUAUUGAUGCAAAUGAUUUGAACGAAUGGGUGCAACUUACGAAACAUCAAAUACAAAUGAAAAUUAAUAAAGUUCUUCCAAAACCAAAUUGGCAAAAAUCUAUUCGAAUCUAUGAAAAAUCAAAAUACAAUGUGUUGAUGAAUAAUUUCGAUUUGAAUAAUUCUAAUAUUUAUCAACAUUUAUUCCAAGAAUUAAAAUCGUCUCUAAAAACUCAGAAGUUGAGAGAAACAUGUCAAUAUUUUUCACCUGUUACUAAUUACAAUGAUCGCUAUCCUUUAAAUUCGGACGAUUGCAUACCAUCGAUUAAGAAAUUUACGGGGAAAUUCAAUUACACUAUUGGGAUAGCCUUGACUCGUAUAGAAAUUUGGGUUGAAUCACGUUUAAAUCAAUGGAUUAAUCGUCCGGCAGUAUCUCAUAGUGAAAAAAAUCGCUUCGAAACUUUAUUACACUUGUUUGAAGACUAUCUAAGUGAGGCAAUAAGUCAUUAUUAUUCAAUUGAAGAUCCGAUUGGCUAUAGUCGAUUUAUUUUAACAUCGUUGACAAUCAUUCGCUCAAUGAAUCAAAAAUUAUGUAGUGAUCAAAGGUUCGAACGAUUAAAAUUACAUUCGAUUGAGAUUCCGAAUCUUAUGGAUCUCUUCAAAUGUUUGGUCUUACCGAAUCGCGAUGAUAUGAAAAGAGCUCAUAGUCUUUAUUGUUAUUUUAGUGAAUUUAGGCAAAAACCAUAUCCUGAUAUUUUAACAAAUAUAAGGUGUGAUAAUGCAUUCGGUGUAAAUUUUGCUGCUCAUUCGUCAACAAUGAAGGAAAUUUUACAGAAAAUAAGAGAUCAGGCUGAAUUAGAUAAACAAGAUAAGAUACAGGAAAUCAUACAGGCAAAACAAAGAUACUCAUGCCUGAUGGAUUUAAUUAAAUGCCUUUCUUGCAAAGGUACAUAUGGAUCCUAUCCUUGUAUAUGUGAAAUAUGUAGAAUUCAGAAAGAAGCUAACGAUAUUAAAGUAAAUAUUUUUGAAUCGCCAUUACCAUCCGACUGCACUGAUGCAUUGGCCGUCAUCUUUGAAUUGCAAAUGCCCAUUGAAAUUCGAUGUUAUCGUGAUAUUAUCUGGCAAUUUAUAAAUCGGCCAAAACCGAACCUGAAUCAUCAAAUGUAUGAAUGGCUAAGCGUUCCUCCUCACGCCAGUAAAUUAGGUCCGUUCUACACUGGUCCAAAGAAUAAUAAAGUGAAAUUAUUAUCGUCCACAAAAUCCAUAACUCAAACACAUUACUCUAGUCCUUCAAUUGCGUUCGCAUCUGUAAGCGAUUUUUUGUACGAAAGUAGCUUGAAAAUUCAAAUUUCACCAACGUCAACCAUUGCAAUCAAAGAUGAAUGUCUAGCAUUAACGCCUCAACUUGAUCAUCCAGGUUUCAAACAAUUACAAUUUACGAUAAAUAAUACACAAUUUGUACAAAACCAUGUGAUUGCUAAGCUAUGUCAGUGUUCAGCACGUGUCAAACCUACCCAAUUUGUAGAAUUUGGUUCAUUUCGAUCAGGACAUCGUUUACAAUGGUGGAAUUUAUUAGCGAUGCUUGAAUUGGAUUCGCUGUCUAUUGCUGAAGAAAGUGUAGCAAUACUGAUUAUACAUUCCAUAUUACAAUAUGGACCUCUAACAAUGGAUGGCAAGCCUUCCGAUAAUUCAUGGUGUUCGGAAGCUCAUAAACAGUUAUUAGAAGAUAAUUUUAUCGAUGAAUUGGCUAUAAGAUUAGAUCGCCGUUUAGAUGAUUGUGAAUUAAAUUGGCAAAAUGAAUUAGUAUUAUUAGUAGUCACAAUGAUUACUAUGAGAAUGUUAACUAUUUGUAAUUCAAAACGAGAAGAAAAAGUCGUUAAUUUAGCAAUAAAAUGCCGUAGAAUUGGUGAAAAAUGGAUUGACCUUAUUUCAGAAACCAUUAAAUUUACGUCUUCUCCAGAUUUUAAUGAAAUAGAAAAUCUCCGUUUAAAAAUGGUGACUAUUGGUAUCUCUUGUAUUUUAACAUUUUCAAUUCAUCCAGAUCGAAUACACUGUUUAUUAUCGUCGAAUGAAGAUGUCAUGUCUCUACUAAAAGCGGCAACUACUACUCAUGAUAAUAUAAUUCUAAAUAAAAUUCAAUCUAAUAUAAGUACAUUUGCAACAAAUAUUAUGAGAUUUAGCGAACGUACAUUAGUGAUGGUGCAGCCAAUAGUUGCCGAAUUUCUUCAAAAAACUUCAUUUAAAAGUUUAAACGAUUUCUCUGCAAUAUAUUGGGCUGUUAUUAGAAGUAAAGGUACUAUGAAUGGACAAUGGCAAAAACGAACAGAAGAUGUUUAUGAUGGUUGGUACGAUUGCCAAUAUGACUCAAGAUAUAUAUCAAUUAAUUGUAUCAAAGGAACCUUUUUAGUCGAUGGUAUGACUAUAGGAUUUUUACCUGAAAGCAUUACAACUAAUGAAUUAUUUGUACGUGUAUUUGAAGAGCAUAUUUUUGAAGUACAAUUAGCUGAAUCACCUAAAACUUAUAUUACUAGGCUUCCCUAUGGUAAUGGACAAGUUCAAUAUGAAUUUCAUCUGAAUGAUGAAACCAAGCACUUAACAAUUACUGAACGGCAUAUAACGACAAAUGAGAUAUUUCAAUUGAUCCCACACAGUCAUUUUCAGGCUGAACUGCCGGAUGUUUUCGUCUCUAACCAUAGUCAUUGGCUAAACAAAAGAAGCCGAAUAGUCGAAUUUCGACCUAUUCAUUUUAAAGAAGCUAAUUUUUUAGAUCAUAAACCUUAUGUUCUAUCAUUAACAACGGGCUAUGUUGUUACUAAUGAUAUGGCUAAUGAACAAAGAUUAGUUAAUCAAUCAUCGCCAUUGUUUGACACAUUAUUCAAUCAAUACUUUGUACGUUUGGAUAGCAAGCCCUAUGUUUAUAUGAUGGGCGAACACAUUUCUCAAUCGGAUAUUAUUAUUCACAUUCAUUUAUCUCGUUUAGGAAUUGCUUUUAAAUAUAAUACUAGAACGAAUAUCAUAACCUCUCGUGAAUAUUCAGAUAUGUACAUUGAUCAAGAUCAAUGGUUAGGAACAUUAACAGGUUUGACAUCUAGCCUUCUUUUAUCACCAUUAUCAGCUAGGCAUCACACAUCGGAGCAUUAUCCAUAUAGAAAAUUGAUUGUACCUUUUGGCACGAUUCUAAGCACGAGAGAUCAGCACAAAAUACAUCAAACUGUUACCAUAGAUCGACCUUCUUCAAUGUCGUUUUCUCGCCAAUACUUCGUUUUCAUUUUGAAUGAUCGAUUACAAAUACUUCAGUCAACAGACAGUCCUACUGGAUGGCUUUAUUUAGCAUUGUUACACGCAAUAACUUCUCAUCCUUUACCAGACCACUAUACUGGAAUGACUGGAAUGGAAAGAGCCUUUCAAUUACUAAAUUCAGCUGGUUGUUGGUCAGAUCAACCUUUUGAUGAACUAUCUUUAAAUAUUCUUGGGGAAAUUGCAUCUAUUUCACCCAAAGUCAACUAUUAUCCUGAACAUCUCACUUGUAUGGAAAAAAUAGACUGGAAUUCCAACGGUAUACCCUAUUCGAUGCAACAUUUCGGAUAUUAUUUAAUAGCAAAACAAUUAAUCGACAGUAGUCAAUUAUUCAAUUUUAUGUAUCCAUCAUUGAAAACCAAUAAGAUCCCGGAGGUGUUUCAAGUGAAAAUUUAUAAUGAAAUGUUAUUGAAGAAAUUAUAUUGGGAUUAUCGAGAUUCAUACAAUCCAGCAGCUCGAUUAUCUGCAGAGAUGGAGAAAGAUAUCUUACGGGCUAGUUCUACAAAACUUUAUCGUCAGACUUUGAAGAAUUGUUCGAACAUCACUAACUAUAGUGCUGUUCGACUUGUGGAUGAUUUAUACAAAAAUGGUAAUGUAAACCUCACAAGUUGUUCGAUGCAAAAUUGGUUACCAUUGUCUCAAUGGUUGACUAAAGGAAGUCAACUGAAAACUCUUUGGGUCGGUUUAUUACAAUUGGCCGAUCGUUUUAAAAGAGAAGCCGCUGGAAAAAUUACAGAUGACAUUCAACGAUUUGAAUGUUUGUUAAAAUUUCUUCAUUAUAUUUCUGAUAGAUGUCAAAUAAAACCAUAUUAUUUGCAAAUGUUAAAGACAACAUUGAACGUGUCUAAAAUAUCUUUCGCGUCCCUAGCAUUUCCUCCUUUUGUUUCUUAUACGAACAUCGAACAAAUUCCAAUUGUAAAGACGCUUAUCCCACGCGGGGAGUGCUGUGACCUAUGCCAAAAUACUCUAAGCAUAGCAGAACUUGAAAGAUGUUGGAGAGAAAAUUGUGAAUAUCCAAAUGUUGAUGGCAUAGCAACAUCUACUGAAAAAUAUGCAAAUAACAAAUUAUUGAAAUCACCGGGUUCUAACUUAAAACUUCGACUCUUUUUAGAAUGCGUGCAAAGUCUCAUUUGUUCUGUUCCAAUAAAACAAUUUGACAUCAAGGUAACUUGUAGUGCUCAAAAUUUUGUGAUCGAGUCAUUAAAAGAUCAUUAUCAAAUACAAAUGAAAAUUACAAACAAAACAAUCGAGCCCGCACUUUUACGAAGCGCAGAGCACAAAUUUCAUCAAUUCAAUACAUAUUCUUUUAAUCAACCAACAAAAUCCAUUAGAAAAACUAACCGACAAAAAAAAUUUCCACAGGAAAUUUUCCCUUCUAUCAACAAUAAAAAUAAUCCUCCAACUGAAAUUACUAAUUAUUUUAAAAAACAACUAUCUGAAAGUUGGAAAAAACUACUAUCGGACGAUGAAGAUGAAAAAGAAAAUCCUGCUAUUGAAGAAAUUACUGAAGCUCUCGAUUUAUUUCGACAUGAAUCUACAAGACUGUACAAUGAAUUUUCCAAAUCUAUUACAUUAUCUAAUGAACAAUUAUUUGAAGCAGGACUCCUGUUCAGAAUUACGCCAACAGUUCUCAUACCUCUACUUCUCGAAAAAGAUCUUAACCCGGAAAAUGUUUCAUCAUUCAAGUUGACUAAUAAUCAAUAUACAAUACUCGGUGGCAUAAUUGUCAAUUGGACAUUCGAACAACAAAUGGAAAGAACAUUACAUUUCGCUACUCAUAACAAACGGGAAGAUUUUAGAAACGAAGUCUCACACAUACCACAUUCGAAUUGGAAACCAUCUGAACAUAUUCCUUGGCUUGUCUUGGAAUUAGAAAUGAAUAUAACUAUUCGCGAAAUUCAAAUAAAAGUAGCAAAUCAUAUGAUGCAACCAAAUAUGAGAGUCGAUAAUUCAACAGUACAGAAUAUCGUCACGCAAAUGAAUAUGGGUGAAGGAAAAACAGCAGUUAUUUUGCCCAUGUUAGCUGCCUAUUUAUCUUCAUCGAAUUUGAGUUUAGCUCGUAUUAUAGUAUUGAAGUCAUUAUUUCCGACCAAUUAUCAGUCAUUACGAUAUAAACUAGGUGGUUUGCUUAAUCGACGUAUUUUCCCAUUUGCAUGCCGUCGUGAUAUGAAUUUCAAGGAUCAACAAAUCAAUCAGAUUUUCGAACGUUUUAAACACGGAUUACGUAAUUGUGACAUUAUACUAACUACAUCAGAAGAUAUUCUUUCAUUUGAUUUGCUAACUAUUGAUAAGUGUCGUCGACAUCAAUUCGAUGUCGGUCGUUCUAUGUUAACAGUUCAACGAUGGUUAAAAACUUAUGUUCGCGAUGUAUUAGAUGAAUCUGAUGAAAUUUUGCAUGUUAAAUAUCAAUUAAUUUAUACUGUUGGUGGCCAACAACAACUUGAUGCAGGUGAAGAGCGAUGGAAAACCAUUCAAUCAAUUCUUAACUUAGUUAAAAAACAUGCUAAAGAUGUAUCGAGAAUGUUCCAAGAAAAAACUUGUUAUAAAUCGCCUGAGCGAAAAAGUGGAUUUCCACAAUUUCGCUUGCAAUCAUGUGAAGAAGCAUAUCCAUUAUUAUGCCAAAAAAUUGCAAGUGAUUGGAUCGACAGUAGAAAUUAUCGUUCUGCCGAUAAAGCAACUAUUUCAUCGUUUAUUUUAGAAACCAGCUCAUCAGUUGAAAAUCUUAUUGAUAAAUUUCCACCUCUUGAUAUUCAAUUAUUUCUCAUUGUUCGUGGUUUGCUAUCAUCAGAAGUUUUGUUAGUGGCUUUCAAAAAAAGAUAUCGAGUUAAUUAUGGUGUCAAUCCAAAUAUUUCUUUUAAUCGUCUAAUGGCUGUACCGUUUCGUGCCAAGGAUGUUGUCGUCGACAGAACUGAGUUUGGCCAUCCAGAUGUUGCUUUGGUAUUAACGCAUCUCUCAUAUUAUUAUUCUGGCUUGAACGAUUUACAAUUAUCACUAUGUUUCAAUAGGCUAAAUGACGAAGAAACUGAUCCUGGAUUCAUUUAUGACCAAUGGGUUUUAUAUGAGGGUGAAGAUAACGUAACACAAAGUAUCAAAAAAUGGAGUGGGGUUAAUUUGCAAGAUUAUCGACAACUCACUGAAUGCCUUUUUCCUAUAUUUCGAUAUAAUAUGUUAGUUAUCCAUUACUUUCUAAAUCAUUUUGUAGUCGCUCGAGAAGCAAAACAAUUUCCAGAGAAAUUAGUUGCUUCUGCUUGGGAUUUAUCUUCGCCAUUACGAUCGAAAAUCAUCACUGGAUUCAGUGGAACAAAUGAUACACAAUUAUUACUUCCUGUUCAUAUUCGUCAAUAUGAUUUACCAGAACUUCAAAAAACCGAUGCAAUUGUUGUUAAUAAUUUAGUACAACCUGAAAAUGAAAACUAUCAGUCCUUAUUAAUAAAUGCCACAUCAGAAAAUAUUUUGAAGCAAAUUAUCAGCUACAAAGAAACUAUUAAUGUCAUUUUAGAUGUUGGAGCAUUAUUCAUCGACGGAACCAACCGAGAAAUUGCUAUGAAAUGGCUAAAUCUAUCCGAUAGAAACCAGAUCGAUUAUGCUGUUUACUUUGAUUGUGAUUCAAUAGUCGUUGGCGAUCGCCAAUCUCAUAAUUGUUCAUUUGUAACAUCACCUGCAAGUGAACGGUUGGAUCGUUGCAUAUUUUAUUUAGAUGAAAUUCAUACUCGAGGAACUGAUUUCAAAUUUCCAGUAGGAUUUAAAGCCGCUGUAACCUUAGGAAAUGGUUUAACAAAAGAUCGAUUUGUACAAGCAUGUAUGAGAAUGAGAAAAUUAGGAAAUGGCCAUUCAUUGACAUUUUGGAGUUCAUAUGAAGUUCAUCAACAAAUUGAAACAUUGAAAAGAAAUUCACUUACUAUUGAACAUAAAAGAAGAAAAGACGAUGAACCGAUUAAUUUGAUUGACAUCCUUCGAUGGGUCUAUGAAAAUACUCAACAAGCGACUUGGGAUGGAUUACAUCAUUGGGCUGCUCAAAGUUUAAACUUUCAACGAAAAGUUUCUGCAUUUCAACAUAUUAAUUGGAAUGAUAAUCAACAACAAUUUACGAAUUCAAUCAUGAGAGAUUUACCUAAAGAAUGUUGUGAACCUGAAAUAAUAGAAUUGACCAAUAUGUAUGGUGCUGCGAAGGAACUACAAACAUUAUUCGAAAUUUAUCACAAGCGAUAUGAACAUACUCAUCAUCAUUUAUCGAAGGAAACUAAAGAUGCAGUAUUAAAACGAUUAAGAGACUAUGGUGGAACAAAACAACGUUUAUCACAAUUGUUAGAUGAAGAAAAACAAAGAGAAUUAGAGCACGCAUUAGAAGAAGAGCGUCAAAAAGAGCUUCCACCAUCUGUCAAACCAUGUGAACCUAUUCUACACGAGGAAAUUACACGUUUGUGCGACAUGCAUAAUGAUAUUAUGGAUUUAACACAAUUCCCUAAUGUAUUUCGUCGUUUGCCAUAUGCAUUUACUGGUACAACCUUUCUUGAAGAGUGUCAAUCCGAAAAUUGGUCAAAGAAUAUUUGGAUUUCCACUGAAUUUCAACGUGUUAUUGAAACUAAAGGAGAAUCAUUAAAUCCAUUUUUACGUCCUCCACGAUGGAUCCUAGUAUACCGAAACAAACAUUUGAUUUUUCUCAGUGCUCUUGAAGCCAAUUGGCUGCUAGGUCGUUUAAACUUUCUUUUUCAUAAACAACGAUGUAUUAGCCCAUCGACGACUACAUUACGUUUAUUAUUACCUCGUAUUAAACGAGAUCAAUCAAUUUUUGUGAAUACUCCAACUCUUACCAUUCCUUCAUUACUUAAACAUCCCAAUGGCGUUAUUCCUUUCGUCAUACCACUCGAAUGGUUGGUUCAGUUAUUUAUCUUCAAUGGUACUCUUUAUUUUGAAACGGUUGAUGAGCAAACGCAGUAUUGUCGAUGUUUAAGUUUAUGUCCCAAACCUCGAACGAAACAAGAGGAAGAAGCAUUUGAAAAAGGUUGGAUUGCUAUCGAUGGCUUUGUGAGAAAUACUGAACAUCGUCGUCAGCUGAAACUAGUUAAAGUUCAAUUUCCUCUCAAUCUACUACCAUUUGUGAAACAAAUGAUUGAAAAUCGAAAUAAUUUGCAUGCGCCAAUAUCAUCACAUAUCGGUAGUAUUAUCUUUAAUUCACUCAAACUCAUUUAA